UCGAAUAUUUAUUAAUUGUCUUCUUAGUGAGCUGGAAAUACGCGUGUUUUCAAAAAAUAAAACCAAAGUGAAACAAUAAAAAGAAAAAAUCUUUGCCACGCUUAAUGCAUGAAGUGACUGAGUGAUCACUCCUCAUACGUUUCUAACCCUGAGGAUCUUUGCUCGUCUCGCGUCUGCUGCGUUUGUUUGUUUUUUUUUUUUUUCCUGUUUUUGCACGAAGAUGUUUUUAAAGAAGCUUGUCCGAUCGUGUGUUUUGAGGGUUAAAAAUGCCCCUGGAGGCGGACAGGCGCUGUCUGCAGCUGCUGCCAGAAAACAGCACUCUCAGGCCCAGCAGCAGGGUACACCUGUCUCCUCGAUCCGACCGGAGACCUCCAGCGCCAGAACUCUGAUGGACAUCGGAACGCGCCGCAUCUUCAACGAGGACCACGACAUCUUCAGGCAAAGCGUUCGGCGCUUCUUCCAAGAGGAAGUGGUUCCACACCACAAAGAGUGGGAAAAAGCAGGUCAGGUGAGCAGGGAGCUGUGGGAAAAGGCUGGAGAGCAAGGCCUGCUGGGAGUGAUGAUACCAGAGGAGCAUGGUGGCAUUGGAGGAGAUGUGUUUUCUGCAGCCAUCACAUGGGAGGAGCAAAUGUACUGCAACUGCACAGGCCCGGGCUUUGCUUUGCACUCGGACAUAGUCAUGCCUUACAUCGUAAACUAUGGCAGUAAGGAACAGAUGGAACAUUUUGUACCUACCAUGACUGCUGGGAAAUGCAUCGGUGCAAUCGCAAUGACUGAGCCAGGAGCAGGCAGUGACCUUCAGGGUGUGAGAACGUAUGCCAAAAAGGAUGGCAGUGACUGGAUCCUCAAUGGCAACAAGGUGUUCAUCUCGAAUGGUUGGAUGGCCGACCUGGUAGUGGUUGUAACCGUGACCAACCGUGAGGCGAAGACGGCCGCCCACGGCAUCAGCCUGUUCCUCGUAGAGAAUGGCAUGAAGGGCUUCCUGAAAGGACGGAAGCUAGAGAAGAUAGGUUUAAAGGCACAGGAUACGGCAGAACUUUUUUUUGAAGAUGUUCGACUUCCAGCCAGUGCUCUUCUGGGUGAACUCAACAAGGGUUUCUACUACCUGAUGAACGAGCUGCCACAGGAACGUCUGCUGAUUGCUGACAUGGCCAUAUCAAGCUGUGAGUUCAUGUUUGAGGAAACGAGGAACUAUGUAACGCAGAGGAAGGCUUUUGGGAAGACCAUCGCCCACCUACAGACUGUGCAGCACAAGCUGGCAGAGCUGAAGACUGAGAUCUGUGUUGGUCGGGCCUUUGUCGAUAACUGCCUUCAGCUCCUUUCUGAGAAACGCCUGGAUCCCUCCACAGCCUCCAUGGCCAAGUUCUGGGCGUCUGACCUCCAGAACAAGGUGGCCACACAGUGCCUGCAGCUCCAUGGAGGAUGGGGCUACAUGUGGGAAUACCCAAUUGCAAGGGCAUUUGUGGACUCCCGUAUUCAGCCCAUUUAUGGAGGCACCAAUGAAAUCAUGAAGGAGCUGAUCGCACGUGGCAUCGUAAGCCAGAAGUGAGACUUAUAGUCUUUUUACUGUUAAUGAAGCAUGUAGGUUACUUGGAAAUGAUAGAGAUGUAGGGAAAAGGGUAACCAUGAGGCGCCGGAAAAAAUAGAAUCACGCUUGAAUGUCCAAAUGUAAUUAGAGUUGUACUGAACCGUUUGGAUGAAAUAACUGAUUUUGGUUUUAGUGUCUAAUUUUCUAACAGCCUCUGGACUAUUUCCUGUCAUGGAGGUGUAACUUAUAACAAAAGUCCGAUGGUUGCAGAUAAAUGGGCUGAAAACGAGAUUUUUGUCAAAUGAAAACUGAUCUGUUAUGUGCUUUGUGUGUAUGUCACAUCUGUACAAAUCAGAAAUAAAUUAAUAUUGAAUUUGAA